GGUAAAGAACUCGCGGGAAGAUGGCGUCCUUGCCCCGGCCACAAGCUGACUGGCAGAUACUUUGAGCGCAAGACUCCAGGCCCUGUCCCCUGAGCUCUGCUCUCGGAUGUCCGAACGCCCGGAGCCUGCAUGCGCCGUGGGGCGCCCCAGGACCAGGAGCCGGUGGGUCCCGGGGCUCCUGGCCGGGGAUCCCGGGGCGCCCCACCUGCUUCUUCAGGACCCGUUGUCCCGGUGCUCGUCUUUCCUCCGGAUCUAGUGUUCAGGGCGGAUCACAGGAGCGGACCCCGGCAGCUGCUGACCCUCUACAACCCCACGGGAACCGCGCUUCGCUUCCGAGUUCUGUGCACAGCACCUGCCAAAUACACGGUGUUUGACGCAGAAGGCUACGUGAAGCCUCAGUCUUGCGUGGAUAUUGUGAUUCGACAUGUGGCCCCCAUUCCCAGCCAUUAUGACAUCCAGGACCGAUUCCGCAUUGAGCUGUCUGAAGAGGGGGCUGAGGGCCGAGUGGUGGGACGCAAAGACAUCACCUCCGUUCUCCGUGCUCCGGCUUACCCUCUUGAGCUUCAGGGACAGCCCGAGUCAACACCCAACCCAGGGCCUCCUGUGUGGACAGCACCACCCCCAACCAGACAUUUCCAGGAAAGCGCCCCUCCUCAGCUGGCCACCAGCUCCUUCCUCCUCUUCGUGCUGGCCGGCAUCACCUCUGUGGCCUUCCUGCUGCUGCCGCUGCAGGAUGAACUCGGCAGCCAGCUGCCUCAAGUCCUGCACGUCUCCCUGGGACAGAAGCUGGUGGCAGCCUACGUCUUAGGCCUCCUCACCAUGGUGUUCCUCCGGCCCUGAGCUCAGCCCAUUCCAUCUUCCCCUCCUGGGCAGGGACCUGCGAGACUCACUGUGAUGCUUGUACCUUGCCCAGCAUUCUCUCCUCUUUCCACCCAACCUCCCCUCAAGGAAAACACCCAGGGAUUUGUACUCAUUUUCCAAGUUGGAUACAAUACAUUUUUAAAGUCAGAA